UAAGGGCACUUGGUGGAGCCCAAAGAACACAUCAUGACCUUACAACACCCAGCUGCUGGAGGUGCUGUUUUAGUAUCUCCUCCAAAAGUGAAGUCUUCACCCUCGCUGCAUGUGAGGCAGGGGUCUUCAGAAAAGCAUGCCUUGGCAAGUCAAAUCUCAAGGGAAGACUUGAAAAGAACAUCUAACAGGGUGGAUGACAAGGAUACGCCACUGAGUCCUUCCCCAGCUGCUGGGCUGAAAACUGUGGAUCCUUUGCCUCUGAGGAAAGAUCAAUGGUGCAGCCGAGAAUCGUCAGGUGCAAGAAGCUCUCCAGCUUCAGCAUAUUCAGGGCAGACAACAAAAGUUCCUGGCUUAAAAUCAGCCAAGGAUGCUUCUUUGCCCUAUUGGAGUCCAUCGUGCCGCAUUCAAGGAAUGCUUAGGGAUCCUGAGUUUCAGCAUAACGGUGGUGUUGCAAGCCCUAAAAGGAGCUGGAUGCAAUUACCACUUCAGGAGAGAAACUAUAAUGAUGAAGAUGAUGAUGACCGAUUGUCCCAGCUAUCUGCUCGAUCUGCUGCUUCUAGUUCGCUGGCAUCUCAGGUUCUGGAACGAGCGCAGAGGAGAAAGGAGAACUUCUGGGGCAAAAUGUGAUUGUGUUCAGCUAUACUCCUGAAUUGUUUUGGUAUUUUAAUACCAAUUUGUGGAAAUUAUUUGAGGCUGAAUUCUGGUUGUUUGCACUUACCACUUUGGUAAAAGGGUCCCAUAUAGGAAAUGCUGGAUAUUCACAUCCCCUUAUCUUGGAUAGGACAGGGAUAGAUGACCUGUGAUCCUUUGGGAGUUUUUGCAUGACAGCUCCACUCUGGUCAUUGGCCGCACUGGCUGGGACUGAUGAGAGCUUAGAGUCCAGCAACAUCUAGAGGUCACAGGCAAGGUUCCUGCUGGCAUGGGUUCUGGGAAUGCACAACCUGUCUUAGAUUUGAGCUCUACCUCAUUUGGUCACAAAUGUUUUUAGCUAGAGCAGUGUCAGUUUUGUUCAAAUGGCAUUAUAGCAGAGAAGUGUUCAUCUUCAUCCAUCACAAAGAGGAGAUCGUCAAGUAUUCCCAGUGAAGUAAGAGUAACUAACAUGAAGGAUGAACCCAGGUGUAGGUUGCCAGCAACCUUCAUUGAUUCCUGACCUCAGCAUUUCUUCAUCUCUUCUGGCACUCACUGAGCCCCAAAAUCCUUUAAUCCCACCCAGCAUAUUCAUAUAAAUAAGUCAGAUUCCUCGUGUCAGAUUCAUCAGCACUGAUCUUUAUGCUCCAAUGCAGUCUUGGCAUUUACCCAAAGCUAUUAUGGACCUAACAUGAUUUUUACUUGGUCAUGUCUGUGCAGGUUCCAACAGGAAUCAAUGUAGCUUCUGUGGCUGCCUUGGCAAUACCAACCUGAGUCAGUUUUCAUUAUGAGAGUACCAAGUAAGAGACAACCACAAAAGUUACUCUCAUGACCCAACACCACAGCAUCCUGUUACUUUGGUUCUGUCCUCAAUAUACAUUCCAGUGUCACUCCCCUUCACCUGUUAGCAGUUUUAUCAUAAAGACGAAGCUAAAUCUCAGUCCCUAAUACUCCAGGUAAUGAAG